AACAAAUUAACCAUAGCCAUGGAUUUCUCUCUGAUUGCCCUUACACUAGCUAUCUCCUUCCUUUCUUUCUUCUAUGUUCGCAAACUAUUUUUCUCAGCUAAAAAGCAGAGUAAAAAUGUACCAGAAGCUGCCGGAGCAUGGCCGAUUAUCGGUCAUCUCCACCUGCUCAACGGACCUCAAAUGCCUCACAAAAUCUUCGGCCAAAUGGCAGAAAAAUACGGUCCAAUUUUCCGAUUAAAGCUGGGAGUAAAUGAUGUAGUAAUCGUGAGUGAUCACAAAAUAGCCAAAGAAUGUUUCACCACGAAUGACAAGGCCUUUGCGAACCGGCCCAAAUCCAUAGCUUCAGAGAUAUUGGGCUACAAUUACGCCAUGUUUGGGCUUGGGCCUUAUGGGCCUUACUGGAGAGAGAUUAGAAAAAUAGUCACCACUGAAUUCCUUUCAGCUCGGCGAAUCGAAAUGCUUAAACACGUUAGAGAAUUUGAAGUAAAAUCAGCUGUUAAAGAGACUUAUGAAUAUUGGCUGAAAAAUAAUUUAAAUGGUGCUGUGAAGAUAGAGAUGAAGGAAUGGUUUGGGAAUUUAAUUAUGAAUACUAUGGUCAAGUUGCUAUUUGGAGUACAAUACACAGGUAAUGAAGAUGAAGAAAGGAGUAAAGCUCACAAAGCAAUUCAGAGACUUCUUGAAUUGUUGGGGGCUUUUGUUGUGGCUGAUUUUUUACCUUAUCUAAGAUGGUUGGAUAUUGGAGGACAUGAGAAGAUCAUGAAAUCGACUGCUAAAGAAAUUGACUUUAUUGUUGAAGAUUGGUUAGCUGAGCAUAGAAGAAAGAGGAAAUUAAGGGGAAAUAAUUGUGGGGAUGAAGAAGAUUUCAUGGAUGUCAUGUUGUCAAUUUGUGAAGAUAAAAAUCUUCAUGGUUUUGAUACUGAUGCCAUUAUCAAAGCUACUUGUAUGGCUCUGCAAACGGCAGGUACCGAUACCACAAUCGUAACUCUAAUAUGGAUUUUAUCUUUACUCCUAAACAACUACGAAGCAUUAAAAAAGGCCCAAGAUGAGCUAGACACUCAUAUUGGCAAGAACAGAUGGGUCCAAGAAUCGGACAUCAAGAACUUGGUUUAUCUUCAAGCUAUUGUUAAGGAAUCGUUUCGUUUAUAUCCAGCCGCACCGCUCAUGUUACCGCACGAGUCGAUUGAGGAUUGUGUUGUUAGUGGAUACGAUAUACCAAAAGGGACUCGCUUAUUAGUGAACGUAUGGAAGUUACAAUACGAUCCUGAAAUAUGGCCAAAUCCGCAUGAAUUUAAGCCAGAGAGGUUCUUGACGACUCAUAAGGAUGUUGAUGUAAGGGGUAAUCACUUUGAGUUGAUUCCGUUUGGUAGUGGAAGGAGAAUGUGCCCCGGUGUUUCCUUGGCCCUUCAAGUGUUGCAAUAUGUGGUAUCUGUUUUAUUGCAGGGGUUUGAUAUUAAGAGACCUUCAGAUGAAGCAAUUGAUAUGAGUGAGAGCUUUGGAUUGACAAUUCUCAAAGCUUCUCCACUCGAAGUUCAACUUACUCCACGCUUGGAUUCUAAUCUUUAUUAUGAAUAAUAAAAUGUUGAUCUUUUCUAAUAAAUUAAGGUUAUAAUUAUGCUAUAUUGAUAAUUACAAUGUUGUAUUAUAGUUU